CCGCCCCGCCAGGUAUGUGCGGUUUGGGCGGUUUCAGGGUCUAGGCUUCUUCCGCAGACCCUGGUUCACCCAAGCUUGAGAGUCGGGCGGGAGCACCUCCUCGUGGCUGAACGCCCUGUCUCGACCCUGCAUGUCGAGAGAUUAUCGUACAACAAUCACACGGCUAUCGGUAUCGGGAUGGUCCCGUAUUUUCGCAAAAUGUCGUGUCGUGUCGAACCUCGUGUGUCGGAUUCCGAUGACGCGACUCCGACAACAUGCUCUUCUGACCUGCUGCGAUGAUGCCGACCCGACUUCACCAGGAUCCCAUCUUGGACAACGUCUCGAAUACGUACUGAAAGAGCUAUUGAAGAAGUAGCAGCGGUCUUGCCCUCCAAAAGAUAUCAUAUUGGAAUAGUCCUAUCGUGGUGCCUGUUUGCAAUUUAAUGACUGCUGGUCGCAACCGACUCACGAGCCUCACUGGAAUGUCCUGAAAGCCGCUGGAAAGAUGGCGAGAGACGUGAUGUUCGUGUCUUCAAACUCAAUUAAGACCAAGGUGAAGACGGGCUGCGGAACCUGCAGGAUACGAAAGGUGAAAUGCGACGAAGGAAAACCGUGCUGCGGGAAUUGCGUCGACACGGGCCGUCGUUGCGAUGGCUACAAAUCUGCCUUCAGGAACUACACUCGGAAACCGACAUCGGGCACACAGGAUGGAACUGGUACCGCACGGCCUUGUGUUGGUUCCCAGCCAUCGCUGCCUGCAUCCAUGACGGGAAAUCCUGCUCAUGAUGUCGGCCUUCUCAAUCAAUAUUUCUCGACGAAAACGCUCUUUGACGUCCAACUAGACUGCAAGGAGGAGGCACGCGAUGUCCUUGAAGCUAGCUUGACAGACCCGGCUAUCCAACAUGCAAUCUCCUCGCUCGUUUCCCUCCGCGCUCAUCUUGCAGCGAACGGCGGGGCUGCAGCCACCGCUGCAGCGCAAUCCACUGGGUCCGGCCAUGACCAUAGCACCUUAGAGUACUGUAUCGCACUGAGGGCCAUUGCCACCAACUUGUCGUCCCAGGGUCCGCAUGCGUUGAGGUCCGCGCUGCUUUGCUGUCAGAUCUUCAUCAGCAUCGAACAAGCGCGACAGAACUUUGCCGUCAUGGCUCAACAUAUGGUCCAAGGACUCAACAUCAUGCGUGAAUAUCGAGCAAGGCCGAGUUUGGACCCGACCGGUACCACGCUGCUGUCCUCCCGCGAAGACCUGCCCCUGUUGGAUGUCUUCCUGAUCAAGAUGUUUGCCGCACCAUGCAGACAAUCCGAACCUCCGACGCCAUCUGCCGCCACAGCACCACCUGAUGACGGGGCUUUCGGAUAUCCCACACCACCCCAGGAGCCAUGCAUGAGCUACAGCAACCUGCGCGUCCUGGCGCCCGACCAGCGGGCCGAGCUGAACAAGAUUGCCGCGUCGACGCUCGAUUUCCUGAACAGGGCUUCGCGCGUCCAGUCAGCCGCGGAUGCCCUGCAGCUGCUGCCGACGAAGACGUCCCUACUAGCUGCGCUCCAAGCAUGGCCUAGCGGAUUCGACACCGGCCACAUGAUGGACAUGCAGGCCGCAGGACCGGAGCCAAUAGCGACGUCCUUUUUGCGCUUGUUCCAUCGGGUUUUGAAUGUCAUUCUUCUAGGCGCCGUUUCCCAUUCCCCGAGUUUUGCUGUUGACCUGCAGGAGGAGAAGUCUCGCUUGCUGGAGAUUGCGGAUGGUAUUGAUGAGCGCUUGAAAACUUUUGGGUCGUCGCGUGAUGGUGCUGGUGUUAGUCCUUAGAUACACGUUUGGAGAUUGCAACGUACACGAUGAGAAAUUUCAUUUACGCUCAGCUGCAGAAUUCCAAUCGUACGAGAGUUUGUUCCGCG